CACCGCUGGGUCACGCGUUGUUGAUCAUCACAACAAACUCUCAGUUGACAAAAGGUGUACAUACGUGAAUGUAGUCUGCAAGUCUUCUGCGAGCCAUACGAGUGUGAAAUCUCGGUGAAAAUACGUAUUUUUGACGGACUUUUGCACAAGAGCAACCAAAGUAGAUCAAGCAGACAUGGAUGCUAUACGCAGAGACGUUGCAAAGGAGAAGGAUCGUUAUAAGGUCCUCCAGCAGCAGCAGUUUACAUUCAUCAAUGCCAUGGCCAACACCAGGACAGAUGCAUAUGAGAAAACCAAACCAGUCAGAUCCAUCAAUCAUGUCAAAGAACUUUUUGAGCGUAGCCGCAACGCUACCGACCGCCGAGCCAUGAAGCAAUGGCUAGACUUGGUAGGAGAGCUGACGAAUAUCGUCAUGCGCAUCUCCAAUGUGAAUCCUGAUGCAAUCAAGGAAGGUCCAGCCUGUCAGGCCAUUGCCCGAUGCAGGACGUUACUCAACCCUAGCAAUGAAUUUUCAUCUCUACGAGCGGGAUACCCUCAUCAGGAGGUGAACCAUUUAAGCUGCUCAGAGGCCCGUGUCCUCUAUGGAGGCUGCGUCAGUAUAGUCCCCCUUGUGUUUGACAACUUACUCAAGAUAUACAGCAUCAUCAAAGAGAGUGGGAAAGAGCUGCAAGAAACAUGGCCGCCACAGACACAGAGGCCGAGGAGUAUACAGAGUGCAAGGCAUCAACGAUCUAAAACUGAAACCCAAACCCCAUCAAGAGCAAAGACAGCCAUCGGUACAAGGACCGCCCACGAAAACUGCGAAAAGAGCACCGACACCAAGGACCUGACGAAACGCAUGCUCAAGCUCUCCUUCACCAAGAUGCCGAAAGGUCACGACGAGAACACGCUCUUCUACAGACGGACCCUCAACGGCCGGGCAGACAAGCUUCACAUUAACGGUGAGAUAACGUUGGACAAGGCUCCCUGGAGGGGCGCCUCGUAUGAGAAGAUCAACCACGUUGAUCAUCGGAGGUUUGUCAAUCUGGAAGAUAAGUUUUAUUGAGUGGCUUGAGGGAUGUGAUUGGGUUUCUUGGCAUUUAACCCUAUCUAGUCCGGGGGGGGGGG